GCGCCGCCGCCGCCGCACGUACGUGGCAUGCCUGGAUGUCCCUGCCCUGGCUGUGGCAUGGCGGGCCAAAGGCUCCUCUUCCUUACUGCCCUUGCCCUCGAGCUCCUGGGAAUGGCUGGGGGUUCCCAGCCAGCCCUCCGGAGCUGGGGGGCUGCGGCAGCCUGUCGUCUGGACAACAAGGAAAGCGAUUCCUGGGGGGCCCUGCUGAGUGGGGAGAGGUUGGACACCUGGAUCUGCUCCCUCCUUGGUUCACUCAUGGUGGGGCUCAGUGGGGUCUUCCCGUUGCUCGUCAUUCCCCUGGAGAUGGGCACCAUGCUGCGCUCAGAAGCUGGGGCCCGGCGCCUGAAGCAGCUGCUCAGCUUUGCCUUAGGAGGACUGUUGGGCAAUGUGUUCCUGCACCUGCUCCCUGAGGCCUGGGCCUACACAUGCAGUGCCAGCCCUGGUGGUGAGGGGCAGAGCCUGCAGCAGCAGCAGCAACUGGGGCUGUGGGUCAUUGCUGGCAUCCUGUCCUUCCUGGCAUUGGAGAAGAUGUUCCUGGACAACAAGGAGAGGCAAGGGACCACCCAGGCUCCCUCCAAAGACCCCACUACUGCUGCUGCCACACUCAAUGGAGGCCGCUGUCUGGCCCAGCCGGUUGCAGAGCCUGGCCUCAGUGUGGUGGUUCGGAGCAUCAAAGUCAGAGGCUAUCUCAACCUACUGGCCAACACCAUCGACAACUUCACUCAUGGGCUGGCUGUGGCUGCCAGCUUCCUUGUGAGCAAGAAGAUUGGGUUCUUGACGACCAUGGCCAUCCUCCUGCAUGAGAUCCCCCAUGAGGUGGGUGAUUUUGCCAUCCUGCUCCGUGCUGGCUUUGACCGAUGGAGCGCAGCCAAGCUGCAACUCUCAACGGCACUGGGGGGCUUGCUGGGAGCCUGCUUUGCCAUCUGUACGCAGUCCCCCAAGGGAGUAGAAGAGACAGUGGCCUGGAUCCUGCCCUUCACCUCUGGUGGCUUUCUCUAUAUUGCUUUGGUGAACGUGCUGCCCGACCUCUUGGAGGAAGAUGACCCAUGGCACUCCCUGCAGCAGGUGAUUCUGCUCUGCACCGGUAUCAUGGUGAUGGUGCUGUUCUCGCUCUUCGUGGAAUAACCAUCCCCGAUGCCCCCACUCCCCGCAUAGCAACAAGAGACUCAGAUUCACUCUGUGACCGUGUAUGUGAGAGGCUGAGAGGGCAGGUGACUGUGAGAAUGAGCCUCUGACCAGACAGGAGGGAAGGUGUAUGUGUGUGUGCAUGUGGCCUGCACCUGUGGCCCAGAGGCGUGUGUGCGAGACCGACACUGUGAUCCUCAUGUGCCAGGCCCGGGGCAGGCUGUGGUCAUCUGUCCUUGCUACCCUGUUGUCUUGCACCCCCAGAGGUGCAAGAUGAGCAGUGAGGAACAGCAGCACUGGUCCCAAGCAGAGGCCUCAUCCCAUGGGGACCCCAGAAGGAGUAAGAACAGCCCAAGGAGCCCAGGGCUGCAGGGGACUCCCUACCUGUCCUGUCUCCGGCUCCCUUCAUCCCCAGCCUCCAGCCUGCGGGAGGACACCUCUCUGCUCAUGCACCCAGGCUCCAGACAGCCUAAGGGCCAAGGCUGGGGUGGUUUCUCUCUGCUGUGCCCUGUUCCCAGCCCUUCCUUCACCACCUCAAAGCCAAAGAAAGGAAAGGCAGGUGCUCAUGUAGCCUCCCAGCCCCACCUAGCACUGACCCCCCAGCACUGAGCUGGGAGAUGCUUUCUAAGACCUUUCCUCAGGGCUGCCUGCUGGGGCCAGCUCCUGUUUGGCAGUACCGGCAACUCUUGCCACCUCCAGCUGCCAAACAGCAGCCUGCAGGGCAGCAACAGCCCCAGGCCAGAGACCUCCCAGUCCAGCUCAGGGAUGCUUCUGCCAGCACAGGGGCUGGGCAAAGACUGCGGGCCUUUCCCUGCUUGGGCCCCUUUUUCUUCCCACUGGGGUUGGAGAAAGGCAGGGCAGUGAGGGCUCCACGUUGUCAGCGCUCAGGAAUGUGCUUUCAGAGAAUGCUGAAGCCAUAAUCCCCAGCUGUUUCCCUUGGCUGAUGCCCAGGUACUCAGCUGGCCUGCUCCACAGCCAGGCUCCAGCCCUGCCCUUGACUGUGUUUUGAGAAGUGGCUAUCAAGAGGGUCUGAAUGGUUUUAUAGCAGUUUUGCUGUGGUUCCAUUUGUAUCUGUAAAUACUUGUUCUAUAGGUAAAAUACAAAUAAAUAUUAUCCA